AUGUGGAAUGUUUUGUUUAUGUUAAGUGCUGUCGCGUCGAGUGCAUCGGAGAGUGUGUGGCCCGUGGAGAGUAGAGUUCUUCAACUACGGAAUGCCUCUCCUAGACCCCAGUCGCCGCCUUCGUACAUGCUGCAUCUGUACAACAGGUACAGAAAAGGACGCAUGCCGUACAGUGCUGCCAACACAGUUCGAAGUUUCUUUCCCACUCCAGGAAGGUUAGGAAACGACGACAUUUUGGUGUUCAAUCUGACGGGAGUGCAUCCCACAGAAUACGUCGAACGGGUCGACCUCCACCUGCAGUCCAAACACCCAGUCAGGCAGAAGCAGCGAUUGGAUCAGAAGAAGCUGACGAUGGAAGUGGACAUCCUGGAUCUCACUCGCCCCCUGAGGCCCAAGAUCGAGACGAUUCCCUUAUCGAGGAUGCAUACGGGGGGAUGGCAAACCCUGGACCUCACCGACAGCAUCAUCGCCUGUCUGGAAGGAGAAGCCGAGCAACACCAUUUAGUGGGCGUGGCAAUAAGAAGCCGUGACAACACAGACACUGGCGAUGUGAUUUCACAACCCUUUUUGGUCCUCUUCUCGGAAGAUGAUGAUCAUCUAAAUAUUGGAGAGUUAGACAGGAAAGUAGAUACUGCAGGGCAAAGGCUAAAACGAGAGGUUUUGGAUAAUGAGUUGCCAGAUUAUCCUUCAGAGGGCGUGGACGGAUCUCUUGUGGAAGUGCAAGCCAGGAUGAAAUACAAAUCUCUGGACUCAUCUAUGAUUCCUCGACCAGAAGCGAGAAAAGUGUCAAAGUCGGAGAUGAACAAGCAUAAAAAAAGACGACGUCGGAGAAGAAGGAAAGACAGGCGCUUGCCAUACGCCUGGGGCAAAGGGUGGUGGAGGUCAAACAGCAUGAAGGCAGGUCAAGACGAACAAGGAGACGCUGAAGAGGAUGAAGAAGAUGCCAUUGAAGACGACCCGUUCAUUUGCCAAAAACGGAAGAUGGUUGUGAAUUUUUCAGAAAUUGGAUGGGGUGAUUGGAUUAUUUCACCAAAGACAUUUGACGCCUCGUAUUGUUCUGGCGUAUGUGAGCAUCCAUUGAGAAAGAGUCUCCAUCCCUCAAAUCACGCCGUCUUUCAAAACCUGGUGAUUUCUCUGGGAUUGCAGAAAGACGUGCCGGGGCUCUGUUGUGUGCCACAGUCACUGUCGCCCGUCUCGCUCCUCUUUUACGACGACAAUAGGAACAUCGUCCUGAAAAGUUAUCCAAACAUGAGUGUUGAAAACUGUUCGUGUCGUUAA